GGGAAGUUGGCUGGCUCUCAAGGCAGAGUCUCUUCUCAAAGGCUGUUUCACAGUGAAAAUAUGCUCAGUGCAGCCGAGUGCAUGAAUGAAAAAGCCUCUGGUACCUUCUAGUCUGGCAAAAUGCAGCACAAAACUCAACUUACUCUGUCUUUUCUGCUGUCCCAGAUUCUGCUGCUUGCAUGGGCAGAAGAUUUAGAAUGUGUCCCUGGAUUCCAGCAGAAGGUUUUUCAUAUUGAGAAGCCAUUUGAAUUCACAGAGGACCGGCUGGUUCUGAACCUGAAAUUUGAUGACUGCAAGGGGAAUAACCAGUUGAACUUCGAGGUUUCUAACCCAGACUUCAGGGUGGAAGGCGACGGGUCUUUGGUUGCACUAAAGAACCUCUCAGGAGCUGGCACAGCCUUGUUCGUCCGCGCUCGCUCCGAGCACGCCGAGGAUACGGCGGAAAUUUUCAUCGCUGGAGCAAACGAAAAGCACGGGGCACUAAAGGAAAUCCUAAAACUAGAAGGCAAUGCUGGAAUUCCAAGACAAAAAAGGGCUAUUUUGGCAACUCCAAUAUUAAUUCCUGAAAAUCAAAGACCACCAUUUCCCAGACAAGUUGGCAAGGUCAUCAGAAGUGAAGGGACAGAGGGAGCAAAGUUUCGACUCUCUGGGAAGGGAGUGGAUCAAGACCCAAAAGGGAUUUUUAGAAUCAAUGAGAUCACUGGGGAUGUGUCUGUGACCCGAACCCUCGACAGAGAAGCCAUUGCCAAUUAUGAGCUUGAAGUUGAGGUCACAGAUCUGGGUGGGAAAACCAUCGACGGCCCAGUGCGCUUGGAUAUUUUUGUCAUUGACCAGAACGACAACAGGCCAAUGUUCAAAGAAGGGCCUUAUGUGGGGCAUGUCAUGGAGGGAUCUCCCACAGGAACCACAGUGAUGAGAAUGACAGCAUUCGAUGCCGAUGAUGCCAGCACGGACAAUGCUCUGCUGAGGUACAACAUCCUCAAACAGACCCCCACCAAACCCUCCCCAAACAUGUUCUACAUCGACCCAGAGAAGGGGGAUAUUGUGACAGUGGUGUCUCCUGUGCUGCUGGACCGGGAGACUAUGGAAAGCCCAAAAUACGAACUGGUUAUAGAAGCCAAGGAUAUGGGGGGUCUUGAUGUGGGACUGACUGGCACAGCAACUGCCACUAUUCUUAUUGACGACAAAAAUGACCAUCCACCAGAAUUUACCAAGAAGGAGUUUCAAGCCACAGUGAAGGAGGGAGUCACGGGUGUCAUAGUGAACUUAACUGUUGGCGACAGAGAUGACCCAGUGACUGGAGCAUGGAGAGCUGUCUACACCAUCAUCAAUGGAAAUCCAGGGCAGAGUUUUGAGAUCCACACCAAUCCCCAGACUAAUGAGGGAAUGCUCUCUGUUGUCAAACCUUUAGACUACGAGAUCUCGGCGUUUCACACGCUGCUCAUCAAGGUGGAGAACGAAGACCCUCUGAUCCCAGACAUAGCCUACGGCCCCAGUUCCACAGCAACGGUCCAGAUCACCGUGGAGGAUGUGAAUGAAGGGCCAGUUUUCCACCCAAACCCCAUGAUGGUGACAAAGCAGGAGAACAUCCCCAUUGGCAGCGUGGUGAUCACAGUGAACGCCACCGACCCCGACACCCUGCAGCACCAGACCAUCAGGUAUUCAGUUUACAAGGACCCAGCAGGCUGGCUGGAAAUCAACCCUACCAAUGGCACCAUCGGCACCACGGCUGUCCUGGAUCGGGAGUCUCCCUACGUGCAGGACAAUGUGUACACUGCCCUCUUCCUGGCAAUAGACAGUGGUAACCCUCCUGCCACGGGGACAGGAACUUUACACAUCACCUUGGAGGAUGUCAAUGACAACGUCCCGUCCCUUUAUCCAACACUGGCAAAAGUUUGUGAUGAUGCAAAAGAUCUCAGGGUAGUGGUACUUGGAGCAUCAGACAAAGACCUUCAUCCCAACACAGACCCUUUUAAAUUUGAACUGAGCAAGCAGUCUGGCCCAGAAAAAUUGUGGAGAAUCAACAAGCUUAACAAUACUCACGCCCAGGUCAUCCUGCUUCAAAACCUGAAAAAGGCCAAUUACAACAUCCCAAUCUCAGUGACAGAUUCUGGAAAACCCCCUCUGACUAACAACACAGAACUGAAAUUACAAGUGUGUACCUGCAAGAAAUCCAAAAUGGACUGCAGUGCCACCGAUGCCCUUCACAUCAGCCUGACCCUCAUCCUCCUGUCACUCCUCAGUUUACUUUGUAAGUCUUUUGCUGAACUGUAAGUAAUGAAGUGUUGUUGUUAACCUGCUCAUUUGUACUCUCCAUAAGAAAACCUACCAAGGGAGAAGUUAAAUUCCUCCACUGAUAUCACAGUGCAGUAAGUUGGGGUUCUUUUUCCCUGAAGGAAUAGCUGUGAGAAAGGUGGGGGGAGGGUUUCUUCCACAGUCAAAAAAUAGCAACAAGUGCCUGAUUGUCAAAUUAAGAAAUAGAGGCAAUAAUUUUAAGAAGAAUCAAAGAGAAUUAGAGCCAGCAUAUGAUAAACUGAGAAGUACCAGCUGUAGUAGCAGAUUUGUGAGAGCUUGCUUUCAUCUCUCCCCACUUGAAUUCAAUUCAAAUGCAGAAACAGGAGAUUAAAGGUGUUCAUGUAACAAAAGCUGUUCUGGGUCACCAGGAAAAUGAGGACUGUCUGCUCCAAUUUAUUCCUCUGCAUAAAGUGUGCAAGUGACUGGAACAUGAGGAACUUAUUGGUGAUUUUGGGCUUCGAACCACCCAGAAGUGAAAAUCAAAUUGCCAGUCUGGGUUGGAGGGCAGAGAGAGCUGACAGGCAAAAGAAGCUUCUGCUGCUUCUAAGAAAGAGUCACAAAGGAGAUUUACAAACUUCCUAAUUUGAAUUGGAAGAAGUAAAAAAAUAAUCCCAGAAUGACUCAAGAGUAGGAAUUCAAAGCCGUGGAAUCCCACCAUCUAACCUGGGGGUGUCCCUGGCUUGUCCUGUGACAGCUGCCAGCAAAUUUUUGAUGCAGGAUUACUUUUUAUUGCCUUACCUAUUAAAAAAGUAUAGCUGUUUCCUAUAACUGUAAUAACAAAUCUGUUAUUCAAGGACUAUUAUCCUCAUCUCAUGUGACUGAAAUACAUUGUAUGAUGACUUAAUACCUGAGCCAUGGGUAAAGGCCUUGCAUUCUCCAUGAGAUAGAAUCUACCACAAGGCAGAGAAGAUUUACACAUCUGAGCUUGGUGUAUUCUUGAUUACACAUCUGGUCCAUUUUUUUCUUAUUGUGUAGUGUUUUAUCCCAAAAGGUUGGCAUGAAGGUCAUUGUGAGAGAGCUGGUACUGUCUAAUGUUUGUGCUGCUCUUGAAGAUGAAAAGGACUGUAUAAAUGCUAAGUGCAAAUUCAUGUUCUUACUUUCAAUCAGUGACAUCUAAAGUAUCUGCACUGCCUUUGGUUCAGCUGCUCUGGGUUUAGUCUGCUGGAACCAAAGGCAAACUUCAGCUGUUAGAAGUAAUAUGUUAAAAAUGUUUGACAGGACGUGACACUAUUGCAACAGUGAGGGAAAUGUGCAGCCCAUUGAUUCAAAUAUAUUCCUGUUACCACUCCAUAAAUGUUGCUGGUGCUACACUGGGCUUGACUUUCACCACUGGAAUUAUUUUCUUAUCCGACAUGAUUUGCACUUGAACUUUAUUUACAUGAAUGCAUCUGGAUAUCAGAAUAUAAUGAGGUAGAGGAAAGCUUUUUGCUUUAGAAAGUUGCUACUUUUGUGGGGGUUUUAUAGGUGAUCAUUUUCCUUCUAUUGAAUUAUAAAACCACUUCUAGGUAUUGGAAAGCCCUUCUUGAGUUGCUCUUUUUGACUAUAGAUCUUCUUUGGCUCAACUAUAGGUAGGAUACAGCCCCUGGCAUCUGAAAGGGUAUUCCAUGGCUGGUAUUCCAUCUCUGGAACUGCUACUUAUGCAAAGCCAGCAAGCAUUACAACUUUCCUAACCAUUUCCCUCAGGUGUAAAUGACCACCUGGAAUAAAAGAAUGAGGCCGGGAGCCACUUAAAAUAAUGUGGUUCUGUGUUUGAACUUCUCUAAAAUGUGCUGCUAUCAUUGCAUUCCCAAUUCAUUUCCACACACUUUUUUUUUUUAUAACUGUGAUUAGUUCCAUUGCAAUGUUUUUGUAUAGUCCAAAUAUUUAUCAGAGUAAUCAAAGAUUAUGAUGCCAUAAAAACAAAGAGAACUUUAGUGCUUAUUGAACAGAUGAAACGUCCCAUUUCUAGUGGCAAGUUAUGGGUUUAAUUUUAGCAAAAGCCCUUACGUGGCUCACUUUGCUCCCAGUGUUUAUGUUUUAUGAGGCUCUUGUUCCUGGGAGGUAAAUCUUUCAGUCAAAUGAACUUUGUUAUUCAUGCCAAAGUAUUUCUUUUUCUAUCUGACAUCUGGUGUGAGGAUAGAUAGCCCUGUGAAAGAGCUGUUCAUGGGAAAAGUGCCCUGCAUGAAUGUCUUUCCUCUAGAAAACAUCUUGGUAUUAUCAUUUAAAUGGUGCAAUUAUUAUCUAUACUUAGAAUAUGUGCCUCCUUCCUAAAUCGUGAAAGAAGUUCAGAUGUGGCAGAUUUCUGGAGUGUCUGAGCACAGAAGUGAAGAGCCUGAUUAAAACUGUAAGACAUGCAAAAACCAGCAGUUCCUCCUAUUCUGUGGGUACCCUGCUGUGUUCAGUAUAUUGAGGGAUAAUGAGAUACAGUCUGCAGGGUUGCCCAGGAGCCCUUGGAAAGGUAGAUAUACUUGGAACAAGAAAAAUUUAGGAGUCCUUGUCAGCCAGAAAUAGAAAAUGUAAGAUGCCAAAGUACCUGGGCAGAUUGCUGGUUUUCCAUAUCAAAACAGUAAAGUGCUUGGUGGGAUUGAAAGAUGGUGAAUAUAGAUUUGAUUGAAAAAAGGAGCAUUUUUGUAUAGUUUGUACUUAACCUAACUAACUACUACUUGGAAUCAGUGGAAAUAUGUACAGUGGACAGGUGGAGGACUUUCCAAAGUUACAGUAAUUAAGGCUAACAAAUAUUGGGAAGAGUAUUCAGUGUCACCUGUCAUUAAUGCAGACACCAUGUUUCAGAUGAGACCUGAUGUAGCAGCAUCUUGUGCUCUGUCAGCUUUUCCUCACCACUUUUAGUGACAAGACAGGACCAAAAUGUUCAGAUAUAAUUAAGAAUGUAUUAAUUCAGAUUGAAGAAAAACAACAGAUAAAAAAAUAGGUCUGGGUUCCUCAUCAGGGAGAAGGACUGUGGAAAUGGGUUACUUUAAGAUGAGAAAGAGUGGAGAAAAGAGAAAGUGUGUCAUGCAGCAUCUCUGGUACUGGGUCUGAGGAUGUUCAUGCUGUCCCUUAGUGCUGUAUUGUCUCAGUCAUCUCCUGGUUUCAACUGACACAGCUAAAAUAGCUCUGAUCAGAAUUAAUGCAAGCAAAGUGAUGCACUCAGCACCACCAGAAUUAUGAACAAGUUCCCUCUGGAAAGCUCCUGAUCAUUUUUAGUAAGAGAACAACUAUGACAUUCCAGAAGGAUGAGGGAUGGAGAUAAGGGGAAAAUAAAACAAGCUAAAUAGUAAAAGAUUAAGAUAAAAACAGAGUUGUAUAUAUUGUCAUAACAAAGUCAGCAACAAAAACUGCCACUGGCCUUGUGAGAGACUGAGAAAGAAUCACUCUAGUUGGCAGACUAAGCUUUAGAUAAAUUACAAAUCAUUUAUAUUGUAAUUAUUUAAAAGAGUAUUUGAAUUCUGGACCUUUGAUUUUAUAAUAACUAUUUCACUUAAUUGCAUAGUCACUGAAUGAUAAUUGCAUUUCAUAUUUCCUUUUCUAUUCUGACAACAUAAAAGACCAAGUUAGAUUCCAAUGUGUGGAAUGAGGGGACUAAAAGAAUGACCAAAGGCACAAUAGUCAUGUCAGUAACAUUUUAUUUAAAAUUCCUAGUUAGAAAAAGGCUGGACUUCAAACACUUCAUGCUGAAAAAACCCCACAAUUUUGUACCUUAGUUGACUGUCAGCCAUUGGUAAGGCACUUCUUCGUGUUCACAGUGGAAUACAGAGCUGUAAGGUGAACUUACUUAAGUAAAGUAUUCCACUAUUCUGAACAGAAAGUAAUGUGUGAGACUGGGGGGGGGGGGGGAACUUCCAUGAAGAAAUUAAAUAAGCUGGAGGUCUCUCCAAUGGAAUUAAUUUGUUAAACUGAGGGUGAAAGGCCUCAGGUGUGUUGAAGAACAGAGACUCACACAGAUGUCAGUGCUGUGAUUGCAAAGGAGCCUUAGAGAUACCUUUGAAUUUAAUUUCCUAUUAAUUUCCACAAACUUUUCCUAUUUAAUGCCUGCUGCCCCUCACCAUAAUGUUUUUCUAAUUUGAGGAAUGCAGCUACAGGGUCAAUAGAGAAAAAAACCCACCUUUUUUCUUUCUCCUUGGAAAAUUAUGUAUUUGUUAUUAAACCAUUAUCAAAAAAAAAUUUUGAAUUAUAUUAACCUGUGGUUUUGAAUUUACAUGAGCCUGGACAGCCAGAGUUACUGCUGCAGUGUUAUCCUUCACCUGGUUCAUUUUUCAAAGCAACAGCAGCAUUUGUUUCUCUUGUCUAUCCCAUGUUAUUUGUGCAGGAACAUCAAAUGGCUGAGACUGAAACUCUGAAUUCCUGAAUGGCACCAGACUAAGACAAAUCAUAGCAGGUUUCAAAUGGAAAACACCUCUAAGGUCAUUGCUCUUUCCAUUACCUGCAGAUUCAGGUUUUUUUAUUGGGAGUUACUUGCCUUAGUUUUAGACAAUCAGGUAGUAUAUUGUUUUCAGGGCUCAGCUACUGUUUAGUUUUUACAGUAGAAUUUUGGCUUUUGCCAAGAAAAAGUUCAUUCCUAUUCCAUGAAGUUCCUUCAGAGGAACCAUUCCCGUAGAAGAAUUUGCUAAAAACAAUACUUUAUGUUUGUUUCUUUCUUUUGUUGUUUUGGUUGUAACUUUCUACAGCAAUUUUCUACUUUUCAGAGCAGUGGUAUUUAAUUAAAAAAAAAAUCAGUUUAAUUAGCAAGACUAGGGAAGCUUGCGAGAUAAAUUUUCCCAAUUUUGAGAAGUAAAAGAUGCCUGUAGUGGCUAGAAUUUCAAAAACCACCAAGGUGGGAAGAGUUUUGCUGUUCAAGGUGGUUUGUUGGGGUGGGGUUCAUUUUGCACUACUGUAAUUUGAGUUACAUUCUGUGUUAGAGCAGAUACCAUGUAGGUACUUUAGGUAGCAGUAAAUUAUGCUACCCAAGUAUUUGUAGGUUACUGAUAUUUAGUGGGUUCCAGUGAUAUAAAUCUCAUCUCCCCAAACCAAUAUAACAGCAGCAAUAUCCACUAUCACUCUUAAUGCUUAUUAUCUCUGUUACAGAGGCUUUGCUCCAUAUUAACAUUAUUAUUGUUACUGCUAAAUAUCAGUGAUAUAGAGGCUUUUUCAAAUGCCUGUAUGAGAAAAAUACCAUUAUUGUUGGUCUCCUUAAUGAGUUUGGUUGCUUAAACUCUAGUAAAGGAAAAGAUGGUUUGGGGGUUAAGGGAUUUCAUUCGAUUUGAGCCAGCCUUGAUUUGAAUCUCGCUUUCAGCUCAGAGCUGUGUCCAUUCUCCUGAUUUCUCUGCAGGUUUAGUCACUCCUGCAAUGUAUUUGCACUUGGCUUUGGGAGCCCACCUCAAGUUAAUGGGGCUUGAAAUGGCACAGAAGGUCCAUAUGGAUGCCCAUAAUUGGAGACAGGAUGUUUAUACACCCAGUCAUACAGACAUGACAAAUAGAAAUACCCCCCAGUUGUACACCAGCAUAUUUAAAAUGUGCUUAAUGACAUUACAUUUUAUUGAGUCAAUUAGGUGGGAAAUGGCAUUUUACACACAUUUUAAACCAUCCAAACACGUUCCAGAAGUACAGACAUGAAAAAAAAUACAACAGUUUAGAAGAUGUGUGUUUGGAGUGCAAAAGAGAACAAUGUUUCCAGCAAAUACAGCUCCUUCCUAAGAGCUGCAAUAUUGUUCCUGAUGGUCAUUCUGUAGGCAUGAAAUGGACUUUUAAAGAGAUUGGUUUGAUAGACCAUUUAGUAUUGUGAAUUCAAAUGAACACUUUUGUGUUUUCAUUUUCUCGACAGUACUCCGCAGUUACUGAUGAGAUAUAAUAUUUUGUAUUUCUUUGCUGAACAACCUCUUAAAGGCACAUAAAUAUUGAAUUGUUCUGGAGUGGCCUAUGACUUAAAAACUAGAACUGAAUAAAUGACCAAGUUAAGUAUUUUUUCUGUCCUCAGUGGUCCCUGUACACCAUGGGGUGUUUGUUUCUUUGAACUGUCCCUGUCCUUGGAUAUUUCCCCACGUCCAAACAACUCAGUUGCUUGCUGUUAGUUUUAGAUGUGAUACUAAAGAUAAAUGGAGGAGAUUUUUUUUUGUGCAUAAAGGUUUGAUGAGGAUGGGUUUGCUGCUUCUUUACUUACAAAGUCCUUUAAAAGGGCCAUUCAUGUUUGGACCAUUUCAGACUGCAUCUUAAAGCCUUGCUUCAUCUAUAUGUUUAAUUUGGAUAUGUCAUUAGUUAGUGCUUAUGUGAGUGCCAUGCUUAUGAAUAGCUCUUCACAGACUUUGAAGCAGGCAGGUUUUCUCAUUCGAUUUUCCCUUUUCUCUGGCUUAUGAGCAUUAUUCUUUCCUCACAUUUUUUUCUAUUUUAUUCUUACUUAAAAUGAAUUUCUUCAGAUGAUUAUUUUAGCAUUUCAAGCUGGGAUUAGCCUAUACCUACAGAACUGAAUGUGUCUGGACUACUUAUGUUCAUGUUCUACUUAUUUAAAACUGAUGGUGAACUAAGCUGUGCUGCUGUGGAAGAUGAGCUCUGCCUGCCUGAGCAGUUACCCACUCCUUUAAAAGGUUGGCUCACGGGUACAUUUUGAUGCAUUUCAUUUUUCAGCAUAAAUAUGAAAAAUCAGGAGACUUGUUCAAUGCUGCUAUUUCAAACCUGUACUUAUUCAUUUCAUUUGCUGAAUAUUUUCAAGCAUUCAGAUAAAUCUAUCAGAUUAGGGCAGAAGAAAAUACAGGUCCAGGCUGCAGGCAGCCACCUCUGCAAUUGUUUAGUUUUGAUGGAACUGGAAAAUGAAGGAAGCAUUUAUUGCCUAUUGGUUAAAUGAACGUGACAUUGCUUUGGAAAAGUAUCCAACUAAAAUUCAUAUCAAUUUUAAAAAAAUAAUCAUCUGGUACAUCUUAGUGACUCUACCCUAGAAAAUGCCCCCACCCCCAGUAAGAUACUUCAUAUCCCCGGUGAACAGGAAUUUCAUUAAAAGAUGCUUUAUUUGAUAAAUGUGGCAGUGCACUGGGCUGGGUGGAACAUGCUUCUGAAUUUCUAAGCAGAGUUAGAAUUUUACUUCAUCUGAACAGCUUUUCUCUUGGAUGGUGCUUCUUUUAUACAUUCCUUAGGACCAGCUCGUUCCGUUGUGAGUGGAUGUGGGUACACAACAAGGAGGAGGGGAAGCAGAAACCAGGAGCAGCAGUGAGCAGGGCCACUGCCAGGAGCCAGAAGAGCACUUUGUGUUACAUCAGCCCUGCUUCAGAUCUGCCACUACAGUCUUCUAAUAAAUUAGUUAGGAGUGGGAGAGCCACUCUUGGAAAUACCAUCUGCUGGUGUCAAAGAGGUACCCGGUGAAAAUGGCUUCAGCCUGAGCAACUUAUUCCCCUGUGCAGGCUGAUUAGUUUGGAUUGGCAUGUGUUCUCCACUGUCUUGCUAAUUGUGGCCACUUGCACAGCACGUGCCAGCAUUUUAGUUCCUGGAGUUAAAUAUUGACAUUGAUAUACGAGAGCCCACUGGAGCUGUGAGUGCAGUCAUGAGACACUCAUUUCACACACAGCACUAAUGCAGACAGUGUUUUUCCUGUCAUUAAGAACUUUGAAAUCAUUUCUCACAUAAAUGGAAAACAAAUUAUAUAUUAUGUCAUUAGCUGCAGAUUUUCAGGAUAAACUCAUUUACUGCUGUAAAUGAGGUCCUUAUAAAAGUUUAGAAGUUCCUUAUAAACUUUUCCCCAGGGUGUUGCUGCCCGGUGAGAUCACCAGUUUCUCCAGCCACAAUCAUCAUACCUACUGCUCUGGCUGACAACUAACCCCAAAGUUCUCAAUUGCAGGAAUGAGGACACAGGGUAUCCACCUGGGAAUAGUUGUUUCAGUCUUUCAAAUUCAAUGAGAUUUGGGGUGAAAUAUAAUUUAAAGGCAUAUGGUGCAAACACCACGAAACUUCUGGUGUUGAAAACUACAGGUGACUAAUCAACCAGUGAUGCACAUGAAAAUCAUUUAUAUUUCUCUGAGUUCUACAUGAAGGCUAAACUAAUAACUGUGUAUCUAAUUAAUGACCUUUUAUAGCUGGUAAAUCCAGGAAAGAAGUACCUGGCUGUUGAUUAGCUGCCUAAUCAGAAACACAGUUCUGAUCUCUUCUCUCAUUUUUGCAUUACCUCUUCAGCGUUACUGGGGUUUCGAUGAAGUCCAUGAUGUAAUGCAGGCUUCUAAUUAUGCAAAAUUAAUAUAAUAUUUCUGAUGAAAGGGUAAUUGAAAGAAAUGGAGCAUGCACGAGCUGAACUCCAAACUCUAGCUGCAUUAACUCUCAUAUUUUAAUGGGAAUUAAAGGAUGAAUGCAUCGUGGAUAAAGCUCAUUCCUGUACAGAGGGUCAGCGUGAAACUUAAAUGCCUUUAAUUUUUAUGAGGUUUUAACUGCAGUGUAGAAGCACAGUCUGUGUAAUGGGGGGUGAGUUUGGUCUCAGGAGAAACACAUCUUUCAGAGGCUUUUAAUUACUCAAUUUAGACCUGUUUCUUUAAAAUAAGCAGGGAAUUGAAUCACUAAUAUAGAAAUAUGUUCAGAGAAAGCUAAGGCUGCAGCAGGGAGGCUUGGAGUCCCUGGGACAUUCCAGAGCAUUUUCUGAGAUCAGGAGUUGCUUGUUGGCUGAUGGGAAGGGUUCUGCUGGAAUAUGAGCUCUUGGCAACCUGAACCACAGUGAAUGAGGUUACAGGCUACCAGUUGCAUUUUUCCUGGGAUGGGGCGUUGUGACAUCUUGUCUUAAAGUGCUCUGUGUGGUUUUUUCCUCCAUUUUCUUCUCUCAUGGGGAUCAACAUAAGGAGUAAACCUUGAGUCAGCCCACUGUGAAACAGGCAGGUAGCUGUAGUCCUUUAUAAAAAUCAGUAUUAUAAACACUUGGCUUGCACCUUUUCCAAACCAGUGACAAUUCAGGCCUGUCCUGUGCAGUUUGUGACCAACACCAACAACUCUUUUGACUUUCCAAGCACAGUCAACAUCAACAGACUUCAGUGGAAAUAAAAACAGGGGUUUAUUCCAUUUAAGUUUCUAAAUUACAAGUCUCCCUUCCCUAAACCAUCUACCUAGCCCUCUAUUCCUAUAGCAUUAUUAUUAAUAUUAAUUAUUAGUAGCACUAUUAGUACAUCAGACCCAGAGAAACAUGUACCACAUUUGUCAGUGUUCUUGACCAGCAAAAGCAAACAUCAUCUUCCAGUGCCAGAGCACGAGUGCCAACAGACACCAGCUGUUUGUAAUGUGCUCUGCUUUCUUAUCUGAGACCAUUAACCAGACCAGUAAUAAUUCUGACAACAAACACAGAGCAAUAACCCUGGUUUUUUCACUCUUAUCUUGCUGUUUGACUGUUAUCUUAAAAGGAACGUGGCUGAAUGUAUGUCAGGUGUUGAAGAGGUAGAGCAGAGAACUGUGAGAUAAAAUUAGUGGGAAUCACAUUAAAGACUUCAGUGGGAGAGAUUUCUGAAGAAAUAAGUCCCAUAUAGAAAUGCUGGUUUAGUGGUACUUGUGCAUCCCCCAGACCCCUUCAGGGAAAGGUGGGGGGUGGCCAGGUGAGAGCAAAGAUGCAGCCCCACCUUUGUGGCUUGCAGGUCUCCAGCUUUGGGCAAAAAAAUUACCUGUUGUAGGCACAGAAAUCACAUCUGAAACAACACAUGGUGUUGUAAUAAUUCUUGAGUGCUGAGACCAGUUAUGGAGACAGAGCUAAUAAAAAGAAAAUAAAAUAAUUACUAGGUGUAAUUAUCAUUACUCUGCAGAUCUCCCAGGCACAGGCUUACUAGGGCAUUAAAUUCUUAAAAGAAAUUGUUCACCCUGAUCAGCAAAUGUGUCUCUUGCACACAUUAUUUGCACAUUUUAUGCUCACAGUGUUCUUUAAGUACUAAUAUCUUCUAUGUGUUGUUGCCAUCUGCAAACUUUAAAUCAUAUGUAUCAUAAAAUACAUAAGAAUAGGUUAAAAAAACUAAAAACAAAUACAACCCCAUUGAAGUAGUGGAUAAAUACUAGGAUUCUUUAGGAUAGCUGUUUAGAAACAGAGCUCAAAUAAGAAGUAGAUGCUAAUAAUUUGGCUGGGUGUGUGCUUUUCUGGAAAUUUCAUUUGGUCCUUCUUUAUGGGGAGAAUAAAGAAAAAGAAAAGCAAACAAGAAAACUACAAUUCCUACAGAGAAAAUAACAGACAUUGGAAAUCCAUCUGGGAGAAGAGAGAUUUUAAAUAUGGACCAGAGGCUUAUCAGAUUUUAUAACAGAGCAGUUGUGUUGGUUUCAGCAGAUUCAACAUUGAUUUUUUCUGUACAAUCUGUGGUUGUUCUUGAUUUCUGCAGAUUUUGUGUUAAGGGAGUUACUGGCCAGAAUGUUUGGCCAAUAACAAUUUACAUGACUAUAUCAGACUAUUUGUAGGAAAAAAAUCAGUAACUGACACUCUCUUAUUAAAACCAAAGAAACUAAAAUUUAAACUAACUUCUCUAUAGGACAGAAGCAAUUUUUGAUCACCUUUAUGUGCAAUAGAAAGAGCCAAGAUAGAUUUGAACUUGUGUAUUCUUACUUACCAAAGCUGGUUAUCUACUGAGGUUUUACAGCCCAUAAUUUUGAAGGUUGAAUCUGAUUUUUAGAGGCAAACCCCACUCCUUCAGCAAUCCACCUUUACAAAAGGGUCAAUCAUCAUUAACGAGCAGAGACUUACUGUUCUUCCAGGCAGUGUUUGGAACAAGGCAAUUCUUUUAACACAACUUCAGCCGAGGCUGGUGAAAGGGCUGAGCUGAAUUCACAGCACUCUUGGCCCCCUUUGCCAAGGCCAAGAGUUUUGCAGAGGUGUCAGCAAAAGCAGCUGUUAGGAGACAGCAUUUUAUGGAGGCUUGCAGGGAGCUCCUCCCAUAUCACAGGUUUCUUUGAAAACAUGUCAGUGAAAGCUAUGAAUGGGAGGAAAACAGGUCAUGUAGAGAUAAUCCAGGGACACGUGUGCAGUAGGGAAGAGGCCGUGAAGGAGUCGCAGCUGCAGAGGUUUUGUCAAAGUGGCAGAUGAGGAAAAUGCUCUGUACAGCAAAAACUGACAGGGUAUGAGCACACAGGAGCUUCAAUUUGUCAAGGGCUCAGAAAAGAUGCUGCAAACCUGCUCACUGAGGAGAGCCUGGGUAGGAGAUUUAGCUGUUUGAAUGGCUGGAGAAAGCUCUUUGGGACAA